AUGAGUAAGGAAGAAGUCGAAAUAAAGAAGGAGUCUAAGAAAGACAAGAAAGAAAAGAAAGAAAGAAAGAAAGAAAAGAAAGAAAAGAAGCAGAAAAAAGCUGUAGAUGAAGACAGUGAUAAUGAAAAUGAAAGUAGCGGUGACAGUGAUGAUGAAGAAAUAGCUAUUGAUUUAAAUGCCGGUGUACCAUUAUCUAAGAAGCAAAAGCGUUUGUUGAAAAAGGGUAAAUUAAAUCUUGAAAAGUUAGCAAAAAAGAACCCACCACCAAAACCUAUCUUGACAGAAGAAGAACAAAUCAAAAAAGAUGCUCAAGAACCUAAGAAAUCUGAAUAUGGUGUUUGGAUAGGUAACUUAUCAUUUGAUACAACAAAAGAAGAUAUUACAAGGUUUAUCAUGGGAAAGACUAAUGCAUAUGAUGCUGAUAGCAAUGAUGGGCUUGUCAAAAUUGAACAAUCUGAUUUCAUAAGAAUAAACAUUCCUAAGAAAGAAAAUAAAAUAAAAGGUUUUGCUUACGUCGAUCUUCCAAGUGCCAAGCAUGUCGAUACUGUCAUCUCCUUAAGUGAAUCGCAUUUGAAUGGUAGAAAUUUAUUAAUUAAGAAUGCCAAUUCCUUCGAAGGGAGACCACAGAAGGAUACGAAUCCAUUAUCUAAGAACCCACCAUCAAGAAUUUUAUUUGUUGGGAAUUUGUCCUUUGAUACUACUCAAGAUCUAUUAAGAGAACAUUUCAGACAUUGUGGUGAUAUUGUCAAGAUUAGAAUGGCUACAUUUGAAGAUACUGGUAAAUGUAAAGGGUUCGCGUUUAUCGAUUUCCGUGAUGAAUCAGGUCCUACGACUGCUUUGAAAUCGAAAUUAGCCAAAAGUUUAAUUAAUAGACCAUUGAGGUUAGAAUAUGGUGAAGAUAGAUCGAAGUUGACUCCAAAAAAAUUCGCCAGAAAUAGAGAUAAUUUUGAACCUUCAGAACAAGACUCAAUUUCGCAACCACCACCUCAGGUUUCAACAACUAGAGAGAGAACAAAGCCACAAGCAACACCAUUCAAGAGAAAAUAUGAUAAGCCUGAAAAUAAUUCUAACAAAAGACAGAAGUCUUCCAUUGCCUUAGCUACAGCUCAAAGAGCCAGUGUUGCUAUUGUUCCUUCGUCUGGUAAGAAGACUACAUUUGACUGA